CAUUCAUCCCUCGUAAUCAUUUUCAUACAUUUGUAAACAACUUUGUUCGAUCUGUAUCGCGUCGUAGUAUCUUUUCUACAAUUUUAAAACGAUGCCUCUAACCGCAGAGCAAGCGAUGUUGCAAGUUCAGGAGCGUCUAAAAUCUCUCAAAUCGUUGGUAUGCGAAAUCGAAACGGAGCGGAAGCGUAUCGAACCCAACAUAAACAACAUGAUUCGUCUAACAAAAAUGGCAAGUGAGGACAAAUCUCCCGCGCUGAACCACAAACUGAAGACGUUGUAUAAAAUCGGGCUACAGGACGCCCUUCAAGAGGAAACGUUAAUACGGCAGGCACUUUCCAAGAUACAGGACAUUCGUAAUAUACGUAACGAGCGUCGAAUACAGGCCCGUAACGCUGGAAAUAAGGAAACUAUCCGCCGCGGGGCUUUGAUGAAAAUGUUACAAAUCUCUGCUCAAACGUUGCCACUCUUUGUCAGCAAACCUGGCGAGAAGAUUCCUCACCUAUGCGGCUCCAUUCCGGCGGACACCAGCUACAUUGCCAAGCCGGGUGAUAUGGUGGCGGCGCUGGUUAAGAGCGAAGAGGGUGAAGAGAACUGGAUUCUGGCCGAGGUGGUGCAGUAUGUAUCUUCAACGAGCAAGUACGAGGUGGACGAUAUCGAUGAGGAGCAAAAAGAUCGGCACGUCUUGAGUCGGCGCAGAAUCGUCCCGCUUCCCUUGAUGCGCGCAAAUCCGGAAACGGACGGGCAGGCUCUAUUCCCCAAAGGAACAACCGUAAUGGCCCUGUAUCCGCAAACGACCUGUUUUUACAAGGCAAUAAUUAAUCAACUUCCACAGACGGCGAACGAAGAGUAUGAAGUGCUUUUCGAGGAUCCCACCUACCCGGACGGAUACUCUCCGCCCUUGUCCGUUGCCCAACGAUAUGUGAUUGCGAUUAAACAGAACAAAAAGACCACCUCUUGACAGCUUCAACAGCAGCACACUCUGUCCUUGUCCCAUAGCUCUGGUACGAUGGCAAGUGCGGCGGCCAACAGUGGAACUGCUUCCAGCUACGCUCCGCCUAACUUUGCAGGGACAAAUACCGCUGCUAUUACUGCGCUUACGUUUUCGGUUCAGUCUGUGCAUACGAAGGAAGAACCUUUCACGGAUAAUUUCCAUCAAGACGACACUUUUUAAUCACUGUAGGACGUAUACUUUUUCCCAACAUUCAUGGCAUUCAUCAAAUAAAAAUCUUAAUUAAAACCAAGUCUGAGAACUUAUGUGAUAUUAUAACAGAUAGCUCGAAUGCUUUGACA